AUGGCCACACCGGCCGGCGGCACCGCCGAUGCGGCGGCAGCUCCGGGCCCGGGCCCGGCCGCUGGUGGAGCGGUACCCGUCGAUCCCAAUGCACCAGCACCUGAACCCAAGAGGUCAUGGUGGAAGCUCAGCAGCAAGAACGUCGCGACGCUUCGCAAUUUCAUUAGGAUCAUAUCAUACGGAAAAUGGUAUGACAAACUAAUCAUCUUGAUGUCGGUAUUAGGUGCCAUCGGUGCUGGUCUCACCAUGCCGGUGAUGAACAUUGUCUUCGGACAACUUGUCGGCACCUUCACCGGCUUCUUCAAGCAGGGCACGCAAGAGACACAAGAGGAGUUCACACGCACCGUCAACCAAGGCGUAUUAUACAUUGUGUACCUCUUCAUCGCCAGGUUGAUCUUGACUUACCUGUCCAAUCUUGGUUUCCGCAUGACUAGUAUCCGCAUCUCCGCAGCCAUCCGUCUGGCCUACCUCCGCUCGCUCUUCAGUCUCCCGAUUUCGAUGCUGGAUAUGUUGGCGCCGGGUUCAACAGCUGCCAUCAUCACCAUCACCGCCAGCAUCUUGCAACUCGGUAUCUCAGAGAAGAUCGGAAUCUUCUUCUCUAGUUUGUCGACUGUCAUUGCGGGCUUCACCAUCGCUUUCGCCUACAACUGGCUGCUGACGCUUACAACGGCCUCGGGUCUUGUCUUCAUCCUCUUCGUCUACAUGUUCACGACACCGCCCAUCAUCAAGCGCCUGAACGACGUCCAGAACAUGGACAUCGCUGCUGCGUCUGUUGCGACCGAGGCUUUCAGUGCCAACAGGAUGCUGGCUGCAUGCGGUGCUGAGUUCAAGAUGAUGGCGAAGUACGGCUUCCUGGCGGAUGAGUCUAGGCAGCGCGGAGCUGGUAUGGCGUGGUUGAUCGCCUUCCAGCAGGGACUGAUCUUCUUCGGCAUUUAUGCGACAUUUGCGCUGUCAUUCUGGUAUGCCUUCAAGAUGUACACUAUGAUGGUUCUCACCACCCCGGCCUCUUUGAUUGUCGUGCUUCUUUGCAUCAUGAUGAUGGCAUCUUCCAUUGGACAGCUCACGGCCCCACUGUCAGCUGCAUCUCAAGCCGCUGACGCCAAUGCCGUCUUCCACACAAUCAUCGACGCUCCCAAGCCGACCUAUGGCAAGCUCAAGGGCCCUGAGGCGUCCGCCGAGGGCGAUAUCGUCUUCCAGAACGUCAACUUUGUGUACCCCAAGCGCCCGGACGUCAAGAUUCUUGACAACCUGAACUUGACGUUCCCUGCCGGCAAGGUUACCGCUAUCGUCGGUCCCUCGGGAUCUGGAAAGAGUACCAUCGUCGGUAUCUUGGAGCGGUGGUAUGAGUUCAACGGUGAUCUCCAGAACAACCAACUGGUUCUCUGGCUCAGAAACGGAAUCAUCAGCUGCGGUGGACGCUUGAUCAGCGAGAUUGACCCCUGCUGGUGGCGCAACCAGAUCGGUCUCGUCCAGCAAGACAACGCUCUCUUCAACACCACCAUCUACAAGAACGUCGAGUACGGUCUCAUCGGCACUGAGUGGGAGAACGAAGACGAGUCCGUGAAGGCUAAGCUCAUCGAACAGGCCUGCAAGGAUGCCUUCGCGGAUGAGUACAUCUCCCGUCUCCCUGACGGUUACCAGACCGAAGUUGGCGACGCUGGGAUCAAGCUCAGUGGAGGUCAACGCCAACGUCUCGCCAUCGCCCGUGCCAUUGUCAAGCAGCCCAAGAUUCUCAUUCUCGAUGAGGCCACCUCCGCCAUCGACGUCCGCAGCGAGCAGAUCGUCCAAGCCGCUCUCGACCGUGCCUGCCGCGGACGCACCACCAUCGUUAUUGCUCACCGUCUCGGAACUAUCAAGAAGGCCGACAACAUUAUCCUCCUUCGCAAGGGUCAGGUUGUUCAGCAGGGCACUCACUCGGAACUCAUGGCACAAAUCGACGGCCCUUACCACGUCCUCGCUACUGCGCAGAAGCUGGACAUGGGUGCCGAGGAAGACGAUGACAUUCUCUUCGGCGACCUCAGCUGGAGACGGCCUGAGCCUGAAUACGCUUCCAUUCCCAAAACCUUUGGCAGCAGCGAGGGAGACCUUACUGAGAAGCGCAACAGCAUUGAGGGUUCAUCUGGCGAUAGCAACCCUGUCACCGAACGCGACGGCUCUGACGAAGAACUCGGUGCGGCUGGAAGUGUAAGAGUCAUCAAGGCGCCUCGCAGCCUCUACGCUCGCUGGAAAGCGUGGCACUUCUUCGGCAGCUUCGGUCAACUUCUCGGCGAGCAGCAGAAGAGAUGGAAGACCUACAUCAUCAUCGCCGUCGCCGCUCUCGGUGCUGGCGCGAGUACCCCGGUCCAAGCCUACCUUUUCGCCGUUCUGGUCUCCCUCUUCUCCUACUGGGGUACCUUCUUGCGGGUCAUCGCCAACCACUGGUGUCUCAUGUUCGUCUACCUCGCCGCUGGUGUUGGAGUCUCUCACUUCCUCCUCGGCUAUGCGACAACCACUAUUGGAUUCGGCAUCACUCGCGUCUACCGCAAGGAGUACUUCCGCAACAUCAUUCACAAGCCUGCGGCUUUCUUUGACGCUGAGGGAAACUCCGCUGGAUCCCUCACCGCACGCCUGGCUACCGAUCCCACCAUGCUGCAGCAGCUUCUCGGCACCAACAUGGCCUUCGUCCUGAUCUCUCUGUUCAACGUCAUCGGCUGCAUCGUCGUUGGUCUUGUCUUCGGCUGGAAGUUGACCCUCGUCGCCCUCGGCACUUCCAUGCCCAUCAUCAUCGCUGCCAUGUUCUACCGCGUCCGCCACGAGACCAAGUUCGAGGAGGCCAACAACGCCGUCUUUGCCGAGAGUGCCAAGUUCGCCUCGGAGAGUAUCGGUGCCAUCCGCACUGUCUCGAGUUUGACCAUGGAGGAAGGCAUCUGCGAGCGAUACAACCAGCUUCUGAACGACCAUACCCAGGACGCCUUCCGCAAGUCCAGAUUCUCCGUCAUGGUCUUCGCCUUCAGCGAUAGUAUCUCACUUCUGUGCAUGGCUUUCGUCCUUUGGUACGGAGGUCGUCUGCUCUCCGGACAUGAGUACACUCCCUUCCAGUACAUGGUUGUCUACAUCGCCGUCGUCCAGGGUGGUAUGUCCGCCGGUCAGUGGCUUUCUUUCGGACCCAACAUCGCCAAGGCCAAGACUGCCGCCGACCGCAUCCUCGCCAUGCGUGAGAACGAUGAGGACGAGAUCACUCCCACCGGACGCAUCAGCGACGUUGUCCCCUACGAGGUGCACUAUGAGAAGGGUGUUGAGAUCGACUUCAAGGACGUCUGGUUCAGCUACCCCACCCGCCCGACGCCAGUUCUCAAGGGUCUGGAUCUGCACAUUGAGCGUGGCCAAUUUGCUGCCAUCGUCGGUCCUUCCGGCUCUGGUAAGACAACCAUCAUUUCACUAUUGGAGCGCUUCUACACCACGCGGGAGGGCGUCGUCAGCUACAACGGCCACGACAUCAACACCCUCGACCUUGCCAAGUACCGUCAAAACAUCUCCCUUGUCGCCCAAGAGCCCUCGCUCUUCACCGGAAGCAUUAGGGAGAACAUCCUUCUCGGCAUUGAGGACGAGGACUCCGUGUCAGACGAGGCUCUCCACGCAGCGGCUAAGGAUGCUGGAAUCCACGAGUUCGUCAUGUCCUUGCCCGAAGGCUACAACACCGCCGUCGGUCAAUCCGGCGUGGCGUUGUCCGGUGGCCAGAAGCAGCGUGUUUCCAUCGCCAGAGCGCUCAUCCGCCGUCCGUCGCUGCUCCUGCUCGAUGAGGCGACGAGUUCGCUCGACAGCGAGACGGAGCGCGCUGUGCAGGCCGUCUUUGACGCGACGAAGGGAAGCAGGACGAUGAUCAUGGUCGCACAUCGUCUGGCGACGGUGCAGAACGCCGAUGUCAUCUUCGUCAUGCAGGAUGGCAAGGUGAUUGAGAAAGGUGACCACGCAGCAUUGAUUGCGGAGAGGGGUGUCUAUUACCAAAUGUGUCAAUCACAGGCGUUGGAUAAGUAA